AUGGCUUAAGUUAACAAAAGAAAAUAAUCUAAAUCUUUAGAUGAUAGUGAAGUAGCAAUUUUCAAUUUAAGUUAUAGUAUAGGGUGAAGCAGUGUAAGGUAGGUGGAUAAAGGAAGAACAUUAAAGAUUUGUAGAAGCAUUGAGUAUACAUGGGAAGAAUUGGAAAAAAGUAGAAGAAUAUGUUGGUACAAGAAGUGGAGCAUAAAUUAGGUAAUAUGUAUAUUCAAUAUAAUAUAAUAGGUCUCAUGCUUAGAAAUUUUUUAAUAGAUUAGAGAAAGAAUUUAACAAAUAAUUCAAUGGACUUAAAAGUUCAGAGAUUAAGUAAAUUUUUGAGAAUAAAAUGUUUCAUUAAUUUUCUGAGGGAGAAUAAAUUUAAAAAAAAUAGAAGACUAACUCUAUAAUGGGUAUGACCUCAUAUCUUUUAUAAUUUUAUUUUUAGAUGUAUCUGAAGAUGAGAUACAAUUAAAUGCCGAGUCUAUGUAAAUGGAAUCUAAUCAAUAAUAAUAAUAAUAAAUAAAAGUUCAAAUACAGUAAGGUACUUUAGACCUCAAUUUACCUGAUUCCCAAAUUCAUAAUCCUACAAAAGAAGAAAUAACAAAAUAUUAGUAAAAAUAAAAGAAAAUUCAGAUAAAACUAUAAGAUGUUAAAGAUAUAAAUCAAUUACCUGAUGAACUUCUUAAAGAAAUUUGUAAAUUACAUAAUGAAAAAGGGCAGAUUAUGGCUAUAUAAUAGAUAUAAAAUGCAUAUCAAUCAAUUGCAGAAGUAGAUCAAAAUGAUGAAUAACAGAAUCAACAAUAAUCAAUAUAAUUAGAAUAGAAAAAACCUUAUAAUUAAGAAUAAGAAAAAAAUGAAGAUUCAAGACCAGGUAAUGAUGAAUCCUUUUUUCAUUUUAUUAUGUAUUAAAAUCUUAAAUUAUAAAUAGGGCUAAAAUAUCAAAGUAUUUGAAUAAUAGGAAAUUAAGUUUAUCUGAUUUAAUAAAUGUACCUUAGUCAGAAAAAGAAAUCUAGUCAGUUUCUUAGGCUCUAAAAAGUGAUUAAUAAUAAGAGGCAGAAGGACAAAGAAGUAGAAAACAAUCUUUUACUUUUUAUAAUGAUUAAGAUGAGGAAAAUGAAGUUCGUUAUUAGAAUCUUAAGAAAACUAAAAAAGAAUGAGAC